UUUACGCCAAAUCGUGAAACAGCUGAUCGAGAUCGAGGACUUGAAUUUUGAUUGACAAUUUUAACAGUCGAAUGCAGACAACAGUCACAGCUUUAGUUUCCAUCUAAUUAAGAUAUGAAUAUGUAAGUAUUCAGUCGAUACUGAGUUAAGUUAAAAGAAAAUUUACAAAGAAUUACAGUAUUCAAGUUCCAGUUUGGAAUGUGAAGAUUUCAAGAUAAAAGUGUUCCAAGCACAGAUGUGGUAUAUAAAACUAAGAUGAAACUGAUUUCAUUAUUGACACUAACACCUGAAACAGGUAACCAGUACAGAUGAAACAGAUAGGAGAAGGUAGCUGUUAUACAAAGUUUCUUGACACGAAACAGAACUAUGAGAUGGUAUGAUAUGCAAGUAUAAGGAAAUCUAAAAGUGAAGGUUUCAAAAUGGCUUAACCAUUUAAAUAUUUGUGCAGAAACAUGGAGCUUCAUUAAGAUGAAAGAUCAGUGGUGAAUGAGACCUAAAUCAAAAUUAUGAGCUGCCUUGAGAGAGGAAUCCUAAAGUAUAUACGUAGUGCAUUACAUGAAGAGAGAAAGACGCGGCUGUGAGUUUUGCAGAUGGCCAUUGAAGAAAAGUGCAGAUAACAUAGAGUGAAAAGGGAUUUAACCAAAGAGUGUGAGUAUAGAAAAGUAGAGACGACACUCAUGCCUCCCCUUGUAACUGUGGACGACAGUGGUGCCUCUAUCAGUGGGCACAUAAUUGCAGUUGGAAGAUGUCAACAACAUGACAGGGACACAGUUCUGUGCUGCAGUUAAUUGCCAUAAUUCAAGAAAGAAAAGGCCUGGGUUAUCAUUUCUUCGAUUCCCCAAAGACGAGGAAAGGUCAAGGAGAUGGGUCCAGAAUUCAAGAAGGGCAGAUCUCCAAGUAUCUAUUUGGAAGUUGUGUGUUUUGUGCUGAACACUUCGAAGCCAACCAAUUUAUGAACUCGGAAAAGAAUAAGCUUGUAUGGAAUGCCGUUCCAACAUUGUUUGAUGUGGCCAACCCUCCAGCUCAAGUGUCAUGCAAGAGGCCACCGCCUACACCAAGGGAUCCCAUCCCUAGGAAACUCAAGUUGCUAACAUCUCCUAUUGCCAAUUUUCCAUGUGAGGAUGUCCAGUCUUCAGAAAGUCCAUCAUGUAGUAUGCCUCCUGCAUCUCUAGCAUCUGCUAACUACAUGACUUCAAGGAAGCGGAAUUUGAUCACUUCUAAACAACGCCUCAAAAUACAGCUGACCUGACAACAUGGCUGGGCUUCGCGCUACGAAGGAAAAAGGUUACUACUGGGAUAGGACACAGACUCUGAUGUUAAUUGAACUCUACCGACAGAACCCCUGUUUAUGGAAUGCCAAGUCAGACGUUUAUAAGGACAGAAAUACACGUGCUGUAGCAAUUAAUGGAAUAACAGCAAAACUUCAGGGGAGUGGAUCACAUGUCAGUGCAGUGGAAGUGAAGAGGAAAAUAGAAAUAAUUCGCAGUCAGUAUAGGCGAGAACUUCGUAAACUUGAAAAAUCCAAGAAGUUGGGGGCUGAGGCUGAUGACACGUAUACACCCGCAUUAUGGUUUUUCGACGAACUGUGUUUCCUCAAGGAUGGUGUCAGCAUGAGAGAAUUGAUGUCAAAUAUGGAUAGCCAAGUCUCUCAUACGUCCAAGGAAGUUUCUGAUCAUGAGAUUUUCAAUGGUAUUUUACUUCAACAACCUGAAGAUAUUGCUCCAUCCCGUACAACACCACCACCUGGUACACGUGUACCAAGUACAUCUCGUGAAAUUGUACAAUCUGCAAUUCCUGAGCCCUCUCGUAAUCAGCACCUAACAAAAAGAUUGAUAAGAAGGUCUACAGCCGUUGAUGAGCAGCACGAGGUGCUUCAAGAAGCCCUCCAUCAAUUGAGGAACUUUUCUCGACCUGAAGAGAGUGAAAAUGAUGAUGAAAGUGAUUUCGGUCGCGUUGUUACCAACGACUUACGAAAAAUGAACGAAGAAAAUAAGGUUCAUGCACAGAAACUCAUAUCAGAAGUGCUUUACAUUGGAAAAUUAGGCAAACUCUCCUCUUCAAUGAUGAUCGUUGAAUAAUUAUGGCUGGCUCUUGAUAAGAAUUAUAUUAAGAGUAAGGACAUGUUUCCAUGUGUGUUUAUGGAUAGAUAUAAUUACAAUAUAGUUUCUGAAUACUCUGAAAACUUGAGAAAAAAAACCCAGUAGUAUUUGUGUAUUCCCCACAAUCUAUGAUGUUUACAAACAAUUGUCUAUUUCUUAUGUUUAGAUACAAUAAAAUUAAAAAUAA